CCCUGUCCCACUCUGGGUUAGAGGAAACCCUAAACUGCUCCGGUUCAAGCAGCUUUGCCCCUUUUCUCAUUUUCCCUCUCUUUUCUCUACACUGGUGUGUGAGUGUGUGUGUGUGUGUGUGUGUGUGAGCACUCAGGACAAGAAUGGCAGCAUCAUCUGUACAAAGAACAAACGGGCCCUGGAAAAUGUUGGCUUUUGCUUCCCUUCUCAUCGCCCUGCUUUUAAACGGAAUGAUGGCCCAGGAACCACAAGACAAUACAAGAGGAGACAAUGUUGUAAAGAAAACUGAAGCUUCUGUGACUACAAAUCAAAAUGGUCAAAACAUAGUUUAUCCUACUCUGGUGCCCGAAGGUGCCGUUGUUUCAACAACAGCAGCGAUGGAGACAAAAUCAUCUCUGGAGCCCAAACCUUCCGGUGUACCAAUGUCCACGACUACAGUUCCUGCUGGAACAGACGAUCAGSGGACUAAGAACACACAGGCAACCGAUGUAAAAUCAGAGACCCCAGCACCCGAACCUCCCAGAGGUGACAACUCCAACAACAAACCAAAGCCAAAGCCUGGGCAAAAAGUUACCUGCGUGAGGAAGGAGGAAGUGGAGGGAAAACAUUCUGUCCAGCUGAAACUCAAGGUUCCCUCCAACUGUUCCCAAACUCUGACAUCGAUUUUAAGUGUUCUACCAGAGCUGUGCGCUGACGACUGUCAACUGGAGCUCUAUCAGGAAGAYGACACGAAGGAAGUCCUCGUGUCUGGGAAAUAUGUUGAAGGUGACCUUAUAGGCAUGACGAACAAGUUAAACAAUGACAACAUAAAAGACAAAAUUAAUGUUGAGGAGGCCAAUCCUCGCUGGGGGAAGAACUCCAAGUUGGUGCUGGUGUCUCUACUGCUGGCUGGUCUGUUGCUGGCUGCACUGCUGGUGGCCGGUUAUUACCUCAAAACACAUCGCAAGAACUCCAAAGGUGUCAGACUGGCGGACUCUUUCCAGGUGGAUGAAGAGAACCAGACCAACACCCUGGUAUCCGUGGCCCCUCUGCCCCAGGAGCCUGUCGACAAGCCCACCAUCAACGGAGAGUCUCCGCCUGAGAAUGGGACAAACCCCAGUCCCACCACCAACGGACACUCGGCCAACCAAACCCAAGUCGCUGACACGGAGAUGUAAAUCCCAACGACUGGCCCGCCAACUCCUGAUAAAUCUGAGACAAAUUCACCACGAAUCUCUCAAAAACACUCAUAUGUCCACCGGUUCUUCUCCACGCAACUCUUUGGACUGACGAUGCCAACAAUGACAAUGCGAUGACGCUGAUAAUGGUGCCUGUAAUGUGAAAAAGAUUAAAUGGAAAUCCUCUCCUUUGCUGGUGUCAGCAGGAGCCUGCUAACACUAACUGGGAUUUAAAAGUUGUUCUGACUUCUGCCUUAUUGUGACAACAUUUUGUCAACUCAUGUUUUAUUGUUAAAACCUAAAAAAAUAAAAAUAAAAAAAUAACAGAAAAACUGCCAUUUUUGAUAAAUCUACAUUUAUUCUGCAAUGAAACCAAUGAACCCAGUCAGCUAAAUGUUUUUUUUCAUGUGUGUGAAACCAACUCUCACUGCCUUAACAAGAAUUAGAUUUGUUUAAAAAAAAAUUACAUUUUUGUGAAAGUUAGCAACAUUUUAAACUUAAUUAUUGUUAAACUUGACUUUUUUUUUUGCUGGCGUUCUUGAUUAAAACCAAAGAUGAGAUGAUUUUUAAAUUGUGUUGGCCAAACUGAAAAUAACAACCAAUGAAUUUACUGAUGAAUAACUUUCAUGAAUGUCAGUAAAAACGUCUGUAUAUAGUUUCCAAGUGCUAAAAAAGCAAACCUCUGUAUCUGACCUCAUGGUAAAACCGAUUUGGUACAGGUUCAAAGUGUAUUUCUAUUUUAUGGUUUUGUUGUUGUCAGGUUUGUAUAGUUUUUUUCUUUUUUAAUUUUUGAAACUACUUUUCAUUUUUUAAUAUUAACACAGUCUUCUGGAACUCAAAUAAGUCAGUUUCUUUAURUGAUAGAAUGAGUUUUUAGACUGUUAAGAAAAUCACUGUCAUGAAGAUGUUUCACAGUUUUCAUUGAGUUCAGUAUUCUGAUGGAAAACCUUUUUUUACUUCACAUGUUGAACUGCAUGUAUAAAUGUUUGCUUUUUAUUGAUAAAAUGUUACCAAUUUUCAAUAA